GGGGGGGAGGGGGCGAGCGGGGUCAGACAUGGACAACUCAGCGAAGGAGCGGGAGGCGCUGGGCCUGGUGGCCGAGGCGGAGCGGCGCGUCCGCGGGGCCAAGUCCUUCAUGGCCUCCCUAUUCGGAGGGUCUUCAAAACUGGAAGAAGCAUGUGAAUUGUAUUCCAGGGCUGCUAACAUGUUCAAAAUGGCAAAGAACUGGAGUGCCGCAGGCAAUGCCUUUUGUGAGGCGGCCAAACUCCACCUGCACUUGCAGAGUAAGCAUGAUGCUGCAACAAACUUUGUGGAUGCAGGAAAUGCCUUCAAGAAAGCCGAUCCUCAAGAGGCCAUUAAUUGUUUGAACAGGGCUAUAGAGAUUUAUACAGACAUGGGCCGGUUUACAAUUGCAGCAAAGCAUCACAUAUCGAUAGCCGAGAUCUACGAGAGCGAGCUGGUGGAUAUUGAGAAAGCAAUCGCACAUUAUGAGCAGGCAGCAGAUUACUACAAGGGUGAAGAAUCCAACAGUUCUGCGAAUAAGUGUCUAUUGAAAGUUGCCACAUACGCUGCACAGCUAGAACAAUAUUUCAAAGCCAUCGAAAUAUAUGAACAGGUAGGCACAACAGCCAUGGACAGCCCACUACUCAAGUACAGUGCGAAAGAAUACUUCUUCAAAGCUGCUCUCUGCCAUUUCUGUGUCGACGUGUUAAAUGCUAAGUUGGCUGUAACCAAAUACGAGGAGAUGUUUCCAGCCUUCUCAGAUUCCAGGGAGUGUAAACUUGUCAAGAAACUCCUGGAUGCUUUUGAAGAAGAGAAUGUUGAUGCCUACACUGAUGCAGUGAAGGAGUACGAUUCCAUCUCGAGGUUGGACCAGUGGUUGACGACAAUGUUGCUGCGAAUCAAGAAGACCCUUCAUGCAGAACCGACUGACCUAUGUUAGGCAGAACUGUUAACAACAAUCUCUGGUCAAAAUCUGAAAGGAGGGGGAGGGAUGGGAACAAAUGGUUUUUGAUUUUUUUUUUUUUUUUUUUUUUUUUAAUCUGCAAAUUGAAACGUGAAGAUGCAUUCCAGAAUUGGAAGCGUUUGAACAUUUUUUUGCAUUUAAGAUAAAUAUUCUGCUUGCAGGUUGGACUAUAGUAAGCUGUAAUUUUUGAUGCAACCAUAAUUUUUCCCCCAACCAUCCUUUGUCCUCUCUCCUUGCAAGAGUUCUCUGUAUAAAUGCAAGUUGCCCUCUGUGUGGCUUUAAUGAUUAUUAUAUUAUAACUGUAGCAAUAUAAACUAAUCCAGGGUAUAGCAUGAAGAUUGGGCGAGUGCCUCGUGAUCAUCUGGUUUGCUCUGCUCGGGUUAGUCUUCCUGCGUUUUGCUCGUAGGUCUGGCGCUAGCUGCCUUGCAGACCCUUGCUGAAAAUAUAGGACCAGAUCAGCCUUGGCUACGAUGCCUUCUGCAGUUGAACAGCUGGCCAUUGUUACCUUGGGUUCCCCCAGGGAUCAACCAACUCAAAGUAAAUAUAGUUUUAUUUCUGGAGGUCGGAGGGGAAGGGGGAAGGAGGUGUGGAUGUAAGUAGGUCAAAGGGUUUUGGAAUAUGUUAAAACUAUUAGGCAAAAUAUUUUAACCUGAAUUUCCCAGUCUAUUUGAUUCAUCAGUUGUACACUUAAGUUAUUUUGGGAGGGGUUUUAUAGUAGCACUUGUCACAGGUGUGUGGGACAUGUACGCUGUCUAAAUAAGCCAGCUAAAGGUCAUGUAUAUUCACUGCACAGGUAGCCAGCCAAGAGGGAGGUUGUUCCGUGUUUAGCUGAACUAGUUGCACCCAUGUAUAAAUACACAUUA